CGUUGUCGGCAAUCGGUGAGACCGUGUUUGUUAUUUUAUAUUUUAUUACACAAUUUUUACUGUGAUUUAAAAAGAAGUAGCCUUAAAAUGGCUGCACAGACGAAAUCUUCAGCUUUAUCCGCAGAUCUUAACAAUUUUAUAUACGGCAUUUCAAAGAGAAAUCUCCAAAAUGCGUUGGACCUUACUAAGACUGGAAUUUCGCUGCUAAAAACGUUUCCAGCAGCUCGUGAUGCUGUUUUGGAGUAUUUCGCUAUGGUUUUCCAAGAUGCAGUUAGUGUUGCUGUCAACCAGACUGAUUUUGGGGCAGAGGGAACAACAAACCCUUCACUUGAGAGUGUUACUAUAAUUGGUCCAGAGCUAUGCAGCCUGGGCGAGUCAUGGGCUCCGUUCAUAUCUCCAUGGUGUAUCAAUCUCAUUAUGGAUAUUUCCAAAAAGAUGUCUAAUGUACCAAAUACAACUCUUCAAAAUGCAGACCCAAUCAGAGUAUUACUGGACAUCACCACUCAAAAUUUAACUUUAUUGAAUUCUGAAGAGAGAACAAAAUGCAUUGACAUGAUGCUAGGGUGUUGGGGGUGGUCGUGGGCGGUGGGAUGGGUGGGGCGCGCGGAGCCGGCGUUGGUGGCGCCGCGCGCGCUCGCGCACGGCGCCGACACUGCGCGCGACGUGCUCGCGCAUCUCGCGCAUCAUCCGCCUGCGCUGCUCCACAUCCGCGCCGCUUUGGUCGACUUGUUCCAUGAAGCAAUAAAAGAAGAUAGUAAACUAGAGAAGAAAAGAGACGUAAUACCUUAUUUAUUGAAUCUGGCAUCAAAAUCUGACAUAGUAUUGAAGGCUUUGACCCAAGAUAUCGAACAGACACUGACAGACGAGUUAAUGGAGCGCGUGUGCGUUCUGUGCGCGACUCACCGCCAUAGCGCCUCGUGGGAGGGCGUGGGUCCAUCGUCGCUGGUCACUCUGCUCAUGCGCGCGCACGUCCGAUGUCUAUUGCUGCUGUUGACACAUGCGCGGAGGAAUAUCUUCUGCACACAGUUGUUGGAAUAUCUCCUCCAGAAGUUGGAGUUCGAGAGUUUGUAUCCAGAAAAAAGUAUCCCGUUGCUGGUGAGCGCAGCGGAAGAGAUAGAUAUAGUUCGGGAGAAACUGCUUACUGGGAAUAAACUAGAGCAAUAUUCUUUGGCGAGGAUUCUUAUAUUGGUCUGUUACAACCUGCCCAUAGAGCUGGCCCGCACUAUCAGCUACUUGCUCCAGCACUCCCGCUCCGACUCAACUCUCGCUUUGCUCGUCCGUAUUGUCUCUGGCACGAUCACUAUGCACGUGCCCGGGGACUCUAUGGACAUCAACAUGGACACGGAACGAUACCAGAACUUUAUAAAGACAGGAGUGGAGUACGCGCUGAGGGACGUGAUGAUUUCUGACACAGAGAUCAAGAGGUGCUUCAUUGAGGGAAACGUGCCGGAGGAUCAGAAAACUUAUCUGCAUCAUUUCUGCUUGAAUAUCAUCAAAUUGUUGAGAUGGGAAAACUCAUCUCGCGUGCCGCACUUGCGCACGCGUCCGUUCGGGCGCGCGGUCGAAGCGAAUUUGUACAGGAUCGGUGGCGCCCUCGCUGAAUAUACGUCCUUGUUGAGAACCAAACCUGAAUGUACCAUGGCUUCGCUCGAUGAAAUGCCCACAUGUCACGCUUUAACUGAGGUUUUAGACAGAGUAGACAUGUCAGGCACAAAAGCUCCACCUCCCAGUGUGGAGGUCAUCCUGAAGGUCGUCCAGGCUACCGUCAAUUAUUUCUUCAGGUGUCUUCAUGAAAAAGCAAUCUUAGACAAACUCCGCGGUGUGCAAGCGGCCUGCCGCCUGAUCCGCAAGCUGUGCGCGCACAGCAAGGUGGCCUCGCGCCUCGCCCUCCGCUCCCUGCUGGAGGGCGCUAUGUUCCGGCACCAGCACGCGUUCGGAAGCCGGUCGGCUGACGGCGACCGCUGGCCGAGAGACCAGCUGCUCAUACACCUCAACCAGAAACAUGGUGGAAUAACGCAGCUGACGCAGUCGCACACUUCAGUAUUCCACGCGGGAAUAAUCGGCAAGGGCGUGCGCGAGCGCAACGAUUCUCACUCCGAAGACAUACCGCCGAUACUGACCACCAAUAAUGAGUUGCUGAUGGGCGCGCUUAUGUCUUGUAUGGACGGUAACAGCGGUAUAGUGGAAGGUGCGACGUCUCUGUCCCUGCUUCUGGUCGAGCUGGUGUCUCCCGACGUCAUGUACAAUGGGCUGCCGUGGCCAGACGAAGACUUCACCAAGCAAGUGAGCAUCGAGCGCGAGCUGUACAUGCGCUCAGUGCUGGAGCGGUGCGCGGUGUCGCGAGCGGCGCUGCGGCGCGCGGCGGCCGCGAGGCCCGCGCUGUGCCUCGCGUCCGCGCUGCUGCGCGCCGCCGCCGCCACGCUGCUGCAUCGCCGCAGCGCUCAGCUUGACCGACACACAACAUCGCCUGAACUGGUGCACGAGAGGGCAGCACUAGCGGAACUGUUGGAGACCAUGACCUUGGGUCAGCUGUUACCGCACCCCCUGUCACACAUGUUGGAACUGGCGCCAGAACUUACGGCCAGCGAGAUUGUUCAAAUGCUACGAGAUUGUCUAUGGAACUACACCAGAGACCAUGUGCCAUCGCCAGCACUUUUCACUUGCGACUCAACAGGUCUCCAUUGGCGCGACCCGUCCACCUGCAAACCACCCGCGACCUACACUGAUACUUUAAGACUUAUUAUACAAAAGAGAAUAUCUACAUUAGGCCACAUGUAUCCUAUUAUGUUCCUGAAUCUCGAAAAGGAAAAUCAAUGAACAUUUUAAUAAAAAACUUGUAAAUAAUUUAGCUGUAAGACAAUAAAGUGCCUAUUUUGGA